UUUAUCCAAAUAAUAAUAAUUAGCUUAUAAAUACUUUUCCACUUGUCCAUCAUCUUCUCCAACGAACAACGACCUAAAACUUACAAAUCAUAUCUCAAAACAAUGGAAGCUACACUGAUUUUUUUGCCGGCUUCAAUUUCACCACUCCGGUUCCAUCCACUAGUGUUUUCUCCGAUGACGUUUAAGAAGAAGACUAUGAGCGUUUCUGCUGCUGCGUCUUCCGGGAAGGACCAUUACUACGGAGGAGGGAGGUUAGUGGACGAGAACAUGAUCGUCUUAAGGAAACGCAUCCACGAGAUGAAGAUGGUGGAGCGAAACUACGAGCCUCCUUCUCACUGGAUGGAUUGGGAGAAGCGUUUCUACAGCAGCUACGACUCUGUAAUCUGCGAUUCCGUUGGUCUUCUCCAGAGUUUCCUCAUGAAUUCUCGCCCCACCGUCGCGAUUGUGACGCUGCUUCUCCUCCUGAUCAGCGUUCCCGUUUCCUCCUCUGUUCUCGCGUUUCGCCUUCUUGACCUUCUUCAUUGGGUUCUCGCCGCCGCAACAUUGGGCCACGUGGGCUGACCUGCUCGGCCCGUUUCUUUCUUUUUUAAAAAAAAACUUGCCCACAAAAUAUUUUUCCGGUAUAUUGGUUAUGUUUAUUGUAUAGACACAUAUUCUUUUAUUAUUUUGUCUGAUUUUUUUACUUUUAGCUUAUAAUAUGAUCAAAAUCUCGUUAUUUA